UCUCUUUUUUUUUUUUUUUUUUUUUUUUUUUUUCCCUCUUUUCUCUUUUCUCUUUCUUUCUAAAGGUACCACUUUUGCAAUCUCUCUGGAGCUUCUCUCAUGGCAGAGCGUUCGAAUGUUCCCAAAUUUGGAAACUGGGAACACGAAGAGGAUGUUCCUUACACAGCUUACUUUGAAAAUGCCAAUAGAGCUCGAGCUCCCGGCGGCAGUGUAGUGAACCCGACCGACCCGGAAUAUUACUCGGAUUCACAGUCUCAAGCUCCUUCUCCUCCUCCUCCACCUCUUUCAAAAACCAAACCUGAGGAAGUUGAACCGCUUAGAAGAUCGCGUGAAAGGUUGAGAACCCCCGAAGAGAGCGAGUUGAAGCAGAUUGGUGAUGCUGGUGGUUCAUCAAAAGAAGCUGAUAACAAAAGACAAGGAAGGGCUUCUCAAAACAAUGGUAAUGACAAGUCACCGUUGCAUAAAAAUUCAUAUGAUGGCAUUGGAAGAUCAAAGCCCAAACCCAACCUUAGAGCUGUUGAAAGCCCUGAAAAGGUGACGGUGGUGCCCAAGUUUGGUGAUUGGGAUGAGAAUAACCCGGCAUCAGCUGAUGGAUACACACACAUUUUCAACAAAGUCCGUGAAGAGAGGAGCUCUAAUGUGAGUGGAGGAUCUUCAAGAACUCCGCCUCACUUCCGUAAUAACCCUUCCAACACUUCCAGAUGUUGCUGCUUUGGCUUUUGAGGAAAAUGAAAUGGAAAACGUUGUUGCGGGAAGAUUGUAUAUACCUAUUGAGGAAUCAGUGUGUUGUAAUCUUAUAAUCACACACGUUCCGAGCUACUUUUGGAUGGACUAAUCACUAUGUUUUGUAAUUUUUCAUUUUGCUUUUUGUAUUGUCAUGCUACACAUUCCAGUUUUGGACUUGCUUGCAAAUUCGUCAUAUAUUGGUAUGGGCCGACCUAUUUGCUGAA